AUGGCUGCGCUGCGGAGGCUCCUGUGGCCGCCGCCUCGGCUGCCGCCUCCGUGCUCGCCUCAUCAUCCCGCCCCUGGGCCGUGGGGGCGGCCUGCGGGGACAGCCCCGGGCCCUCCGGGCCGGCCCUUCUCCUGCCGGGAGGAGGACGAGGGGGCUGUGGCGGAGGCGGCUUGGAGGCGGCGGCGGCGCUGGCGGGAGCUAAGCUUCGCGGCCGCGGCCGGCGGGGGUCUGGUCGGCCUGGUGUGCUACCAGCUGUACGGGGACCCCAGGGCCGACUCCGCGCGGGCGGCGGGCGCCUGGCUCCCCUCGGAGAGCGCGGCUGCCGAGCCAGAGGACCCGCCCGGCGGCGGGGGGCUACUUCCCAUCCCGGUCGCCGCUGCCAAGGAGACGGUUGCUGUUGGCAGAACAGAAGCUGAAGACCUGGACCUCUAUGCUACAUCUCGGGAAAGGCGAUUUCGUUUGUUUGCUUCUAUAGAAUGUGAAGGGCAGUUGUUCAUGACUCCCUAUGAUUUUAUUUUGGCUGUUACAACAGAUGAGCCCAAAAUUGCUAAAACAUGGAAGUCACUUUCCAAGCAGGAAUUAAAUCAAAUGCUAUCAGAAACACCACCAGUUUGGAAAGGAUCAUCAAAGCUAUUUCGAAAUCUUAAAGAAAAAGGUGUGAUUUCUUACACAGAGUAUCUUUUUCUUUUAUGCAUUUUAACAAAGCCACAUGCAGGUUUUAGAAUAGCUUUCAACAUGUUUGACACAGAUGGCAAUGAGAUGGUGGAUAAAAAGGAGUUUUUGGUGCUUCAAGAAAUAUUCAGGAAAAAAAAUGAAAAGAGAGAAACUAAAGGAGAUGAAGAAAAGCGUGCAAUGCUGCGUCUUCAACUUUAUGGAUACCAUUCUCCUACUAAUAGUGUACUUAAAACAGAUGCUGAGGAACUCGUCUCCAGAAGCUACUGGGAUACACUAAGACGUAACACAAGCCAAGCACUCUUCUCAGACCUCGCAGAGCGUGCUGAUGACAUUACAAACUUAGUAACAGAUACUACACUUCUUGUACACUUUUUUGGGAAGAAAGGAAAAGCUGAACUCAACUUUGAAGAUUUUUAUAGGUUCAUGGAUAACCUCCAAACAGAAGUUUUAGAAAUAGAAUUCCUUUCCUACUCUAAUGGAAUGAAUACUAUCAGUGAAGAAGACUUUGCUCAUAUUCUUUUACGAUAUACAAAUGUGGAAAAUACAUCAGUAUUUUUGGAAAAUGUGCGUUACAGUAUACCUGAAGAAAAGGGCAUUACAUUUGAUGAAUUCAGGUCAUUUUUCCAGUUUUUGAACAACCUAGAAGACUUUGCAAUAGCUUUGAAUAUGUAUAAUUUUGCAAGUCGUUCUAUAGGACAAGAUGAAUUUAAGCGUGCUGUCUACGUAGCCACUGGCCUCAAACUUUCACCACAUUUAGUGAACACAGUCUUCAAGAUUUUUGAUGUUGACAAAGAUGAUCAAUUAAGCUAUAAAGAAUUUAUUGGAAUUAUGAAAGACAGACUCCAUAGAGGAUUCCGGGGUUAUAAAACAGUUCAGAAGUAUCCCACUUUCAAAUCCUGUCUGAAGAAGGAACUUCAUAGUAGAUAAGUACUGCUAAAGCAGAGUUUAAAGGAUUAUUAUCUACUUGAAAAUCCAAGAAGCAAACAUUUCAGAGGGCGGAAGCAAGACUGAAAUCAGAACUCGUAGAAAUGAAGGAAAAG